AUGAUUCUGCUGAAUUCGUGGAUUAAGUCUUCAAAGAUUACUCAUUCACCAGGUAAGGCUAAUGUGGUAGUAGAUGCUUUGAACAGAAAAUCCAGUUGUUCCAAAGAUAUGUUAAAUUCUUUAAGGGGAAGGUUGUUGCAGGAGUUCAAAGGAGCUAAUGUAGCUCUGGCAGAUUGGGCAUAUAGAUAUUUAGCUUUCUCUUACGAAUUUGGUGUUGUAAAGGCCCAUGUUUUUUGGGCAUUAAUUCCACAUCGAGUCCGUAUUACUUUGUUAGUCAUUCGUGAUGUUCCUCUUUUUGGGUUCAUCUGGACCGGUUCCUGGUCUGAUUCGAGCGGUUCAAGGCCCAACCCACUUCACUUUUUCCUCCAACUUUCUUUUUUUCCCCCCUUUUUUUCAUUUCCCUCUUCACUCUCCCUCAAUUUUCUUUUUCCUCUCAUUCUCACACUUCCAAACCCGUAUCUGCUGUUCAUUUCGUUUCUCACUCCUCUCUUCCAAAGUGGAUUUGCUGGUCAUUCCGCCGGAUCUACUGCUCAUUUUGUCGCCGUUCGCGUGUCUCUGCCGGAUCUGCUAUUUGUUUCGUUAUCGUUCGCGUGUCUCCAGAUCUGCCGCCGUCGAUCGCCAGAUCUACCACCAUCGCCGUUCGUCGUUCGUUUCGUCAUCGUUCUGUUGCCGUCGUCAUUGAACCUUUUCAUUUGCUUUGGGUUUGAAACAGAUCUCCGAGUUUUGAAUGAAUACCAGCAGAUUCAAUCUUUUUCUGCUAGCACGGGACUGUUUGGAAUUUAUGCUAGCACCGGUUCUGACUUUGUGGCCCAAGCAGUUGAUAUUGCUGCAUCAGAACUAAUCUCAAUUGCAACUCCUAGACGAGUUUCGGAGGUGCAGCUUAACGUCCUCGUAGUUAUGGUGGUAGAAAUAUUUAUGGAAGAAGUCGAAAUGGAUGAAGGUAUUCAAACUACAGAAACAAACGCGAUUGGUCACCUGAUAGGCGAUACCGCCACCUCGAGGCAGGAGCCCUCCAAGGUUCAGGAUAAAUUUUUGGUUUUGUUGUGGUAGCAUCGUUAUGCUGUCGAAAAUU